GCCAGCCUGCCCAGGGCAGCUGGGAAGGUGAGAGGAAGGAAGAUAUUAUGGAAGAAAGGAAGACAGGGUUGUAGGAGUGAGUACCAGCAGAGCAGGAAAGUCUGGGGUGUCGUACGCAGGGACCCCAAGCAGUCGUGUGAACACCGCUAUCUUGGCUGGUCUCCACCUAUGGCCAUCUAAGUGUCUGUGUGAGCAUGGGCCUCUGUUUAUGCUGUGGCGUUCAGCACAGCAGGACCCAUUCGUCUCCUGGACUCAGCUCUGGGCCGCUAUGGUUCCUACCACAACUUAAAGGUGGACGCACCCUCAGCCCCCAGGCAAGUGUCUUCCAGUCUAGAGUUCUGAAGGCGUGACAGCUGCCAGCUCAUGCGUAAGCUUGCUUGCCUAUGAAUACGCUUAGGUAAGGUCCCUAGGUCAGGAGAAAGUUUCAGGAACACCCACUCCUGGCAGCAGAAGCUGGGGGAAGGAUAGAAAGGAGGGAAAAGGAGAGUUCCCUCCACACUAGCAGCCUCUCACAGAGCUUGCCCCCCCAAAUGUGAAGGGGGUGCACAGAAGAAAAAAAAAAACAAGAAAAGCCCAGAUCCUACUUCCUGACUGGGCCAGCUGUCAAAGAUACAGAGGAAUGAUAGGAGGGUACCCCUGAGGUUUCCAGGUUCUCAAGUCCCAGGACGAGGAACUGCACUAAGGACACUUGAUCUCAGGCCCAUGGCGACCUGCCCUGUCCUGCAGAAGGAGACGCUAUUCCAGACCGGAGUCUGUGCUUACAGAAUCCCUGCUCUGAUCUACCUGUCGAAGCAGAAAACCUUGCUGGCCUUUGCGGAAAAGCGCCUGACCAAGACCGAUGAGCAUGCAGAUCUGUUCGUCCUACGAAGAGGAAGCUACAAUGCAGAUACCCAUCAGGUCCAGUGGCAAGCUGAGGAGGUGCUGACCCAAGCGCAGCUGGAGGGCCACCGCUCCAUGAGCCCAUGUCCCUUGUAUGACAAGCAGACAAGGACCCUCUUCCUUUUCUUCAUCGCCGUCCGUGGGCAAAUAUCAGAGCACCACCAGCUCCAGACCGGGGUUAAUGUCACACGGCUCUGCCGCGUCACCAGCACUGACCACGGGAGGACCUGGAGCGACGUCCAGGACCUUACAGAUACCACCAUUGGCAACACCCACCAGGAUUGGGCCACAUUUGGCGUGGGGCCUGGGCACUGUCUGCAGCUGCGAAACACAGCUGGGAGCCUGCUGGUCCCUGCUUAUGCCUACCGGAAACAAUCCCCUAUCCAGGCACCCGCCCCCUCGGCCUUCUGCUUCCUCAGCCACGACCAUGGGCACACUUGGGAGCUGGGCCACUUUGUGUCCCAGAACUCACUGGAGUGCCAGGUGGCUGAGGUUGGCACUGGAGCUGAGAGGGUGGUCUAUCUCAAUGCUAGGAGCUACCUGGGAGCCAGGGUCCAGGCACAGAGUCCUAACAGCGGCCUGGAUUUCCAGGACAACCAGGUAGUGAGUAAACUUGUAGAGCCUCCCAAAGGCUGCCAUGGGAGUGUGAUCGCCUUCCCCAGCCCCACCUCAAAGGCAGAUGCCUUAGAUAUGUGGCUGCUCUAUACCCACCCUACCGACUCCCGGAAGAGGACCAACCUGGGUGUGUACCUCAACCAGAAGCCACUGGACCCCACCACCUGGUCAGCUCCCACUCUGUUGGCAACAGGCAGCUGUGCCUACUCAGACUUGCAGAAGAUGGGGCAUGGCCCUGAUGGCUCCCCACAGUUUGGUUGUCUGUAUGAAUCAGAUAACUAUGAAGAGAUCGUUUUCCUUAUGUUCACCCUGAAGCAAGCUUUCCCGGCAGUAUUUGGUGCCCAGUGAUCUUGCUGCAUGUGGCCAGUGCUUGCUUCCUUGUGCUUCGAAACACCCAUCUCUCUCUCUCUCCUCCCAGCAUCCUGUAGACUUUUGAGCAGGGCUCUUGGGCCCUUUCUUUGGGAGUGUGUGGAGAGCUUGGUCUCCUGGCUCUUCACAGGCUUUGUAGUUCCAGUCUCCAAAGCGGGUUCACUUUCCAGCCCAGGAAUCAAAGGAGCCUGGCUUUCUCCAGUCCCUUGACAGGGAAGGUGGGGACAGUACACACAGAGACUGUCAUUCUGCAUGUCAGCUGUCACUAUGUUAGCUUAGCCUGCCUGUUUCCCCACUCCUAGUUAUUGGAUGAGUCUUAAUAAAUUAUCCAUCCCAGCCUA